UGUGUCCUUCCACACGUGUUUUCUGUCAUCUUCCAGAAGCGGCAGUAACGGGGAGCUAGCCGGUCACGUUAAUUUAUUCUGUCGUUACACGUCUUAAUAUUUCUAUACAGUCAUGCUAAAGUCAGUUGUCCGUGCGGUGGGAGCCGCUGUCCGCCUUUCUUCAGCCACCACGUCCACAGCCCGAGCGCUGCCACUCAGCUGCACGACACCGAGCACUCUAAGUUCGGCAACAGCUCGGCCCUUCACCCGGUCCCUCUGGAUGCUGAGUAACAGCGGAGCCUCUUCGGGAUACAGGCCAAAACUGUUCAUUUCCAAAGCGUGGAAUCCCUCGGUAUCGUGUGGAUGUGGAGGACUGCACACAGAAGGUGACAAAGCAUUCAACGAUUUCCUGUCUGAUGAGAUCAAAGAGGAGAAGAAGAUCCAGAAAAACAAAAGCCUCCCUAAGAUGUCUGGAGGAUGGGAGCUGGAGAUGAACGGCACAGAGGCCAAACUCACGAGGAAUGUUGCUGGAGAGAAAAUCACUGUCACAUUCAAUGUCAAUAACAGCAUACCUCCUAACUUUGAGGAAGAGGCAGAGCAAGGACAGCAGAAGUCAGCUGAAGAAGAGCCAGAAAUUGUGUCAACGCCCAACUUUGUUGUUGAAGUAACAAAACAGGCUUCAAAACAUUCCCUGGUGUUUGACUGCCAUUUCCCUGAAGACGAGAUAAGUCACGGCGAAGGAGAGGAGGAGAGCGACAUCUUUGCCAUUCGUGAGGUCAGUUUCCAGCCCGAGGGAGACUCCGAGUGGAAGGAGACCAGCUACACCCUCAACACAGACUCUCUGGACUGGGCCCUGUAUGACCACCUGAUGGACUUCCUGGCUGACCGGGGGGUUGACAACACCUUUGCUGAUGAGCUGAUGGAGCUGAGCACCGCCGUCGAGCAUCAGGAGUACAUCAAGUUCCUGGAAGACCUCCAAGGCUUUGUCAAAUGUAACUAAUGUUAGAUAUAUCUAAAUUUCCCUUUUAUUCAGUACACAUCCUGUUUGAGGUAUGAUAAUACAGUAGGACUAAAGCAAAUGUGGCAGCGCUGAUUGAAAGAGACUGAUGAUUACUUACUUUAGUGUCUGUGAUCAGUGAGCCAUGUUGCCAGAAGUUGUCACAUGCAGAAGUUGCCGCAAAUGUCUUCUCUUUGUUAAGAUGUGAGUUUAUUUUUCUGUAAGUUAAAGGAGGUUGUUUAAAUUAAAUAUAUGAAGCCCAUAAACGAUGCAGGUCGUGAUAAUGUGCAGAAACUUUAAUCACGAGAAACGUCUCGCAAUUUUACUGCGAUGGUUUGAUGGGCUCCAGUCAGUAUUUGUGAAUGUUCAGCUGUCCUAAAGCCAGUGAAGGGCCCAUUCAUCAACAUGUGAGAGCAAAACAAAACUCCAAUCAAUGAAACUUCUUCCAGAAUCAGUCCUCACUCAGAUGUAUGUGACAGCUUUUACAACUUGGCUGUCGAGUCUUACUUCUAGCAGGCUCUGCAAGGGAGUUAAUGUUGACGAAUAUUGAUUUGACUCUGUCAGACCAUAAUAUGUGAAGUCUAAAUUUGACAAGGCCUACAUCAGCAGAUCUGUGUCAAAUAAAACGGUUUGAUAUUAAAGGCUGAUUUUGUGCUGUUUGGGUUUGGGAAACUACCAAGAAAUCUUAAAGAUGUCUACAAG